AUGAAUGGCUACGCAAAGCCGCCGAAACCGCAGUACGGAAAACGACUGCUACCCAAUAUAGUCGACGACUAUGCAACCUACGAACCAGAGCGUGUUUUUGUCUACCAGCCUUAUUCCAGCAACCUCGAAGAUGGCUAUCGCCCCAUCACGUUCACAGAAACCUCUAGGGGUGUGAACCACCUUGCUCGCGAGCUAUUGAAAGAAAGACAAGAUACCACCGAUGAGAAAGACAGCUUUCCUACCGUGGCUUAUAUCGGACCAAGCGACGUACGAUACACCAUAGUGAUGCUUGCGUGUAUAAAGGCACAUUGCCAAGCGUUAUUCAUCUCUCCGCGAAAUAGCCUUGAAGCACAGCUUUCGCUUUUCAAAAAGACACAAUGCGCCCAAAUCCUGUACGAGCCCUCGAUGCAGUCCACUGUAGAGCCCUUGCUCCAGUUCUAUCCCAUGCCAGCGAGAGCGGUUCCUCCUCUUGAAGAUUGGCUUCAGUCGACUGCGCCCCAUGUGCCAUACGAUGUACCAUUUGAUGAGGCUAGAUUCCAUCCUUUGGCUGUUCUUCACACAAGUGGCUCUACUGGUAUUCCAAAGCCUAUUACUGUUCGCCAGGGAAGCGCUGCCAUUGUCGACGAUCUACGAGAGGUAUAUAUGGAUGGCUCUCCUGUAGUAUGGACUUAUCUUCCCAGCACUUGCUCGAAAGUAUUUAUACCAAUGCCCGCGUUCCAUAUGGCAGGAGUUGGUUGUAUGUCAUUUUUUGGAAUUUAUUUUGGAGUUCAGCUAUGUCUGGGAGUGCCAAAUCGCCCUGUAAGCGCAGGCCUUGUUGCCGAAUGCCUAAAGUUCCUGGGGGAUUGCGAUGCAGCUGUUCUUCCUCCGUCUAUCAUUGAAGACAUGAGUUCCAACGAAGAACAAAUUCGGCUUUUAGCCGAUCUCAAGAUGGUUGGCUUUGGUGGAGGUAAUCUAUCUCCCUCGGUGGGCGACAAGAUUGUGAGGAAAGGUGUCAAUCUUUUGAAUGCUAUAGCUUCUACCGAGGUCGCGCCAUAUGUCAUCCAUCGCCAGACGGACCCCAAAAUGUGGCAGUGGUUCAUCGUCAACGCUGAAGAAAUGGGAGCUGACUUCCGUCUGAUAGCGGAUGAUGACAUUUACGAAAUGUUCAUUGUUCGAAAGGAUCCAAAAGAAGCUAUGCGACAACCUCUCUUUUAUACUUUCCCUGAGAAGACCGAGUGGUCAACAGGUGAUAUGUAUAAGAAACACCCAACCAAGCCAAAUCACUGGCAAUACUGGGGUCGCACUGACAACGUUAUAGUCUUCUCCACUGGCGAGAAGCUCAAUCCAGUCACAAUUGAGGCUGCCGUAACGGGUCAUCCCGCGAUCAAAGGCGCUCUUGUGGUCGGACAGCAAAGGAUGCAGCCUGCGCUGAUUUUGGAACCUCAUAAGUACCCAAAAGACGAGAAAGCAGCCAGAUCGCUUAUUGAUAGCGUAUGGCCAAUUGUCUCAGACGUGAAUAAAGUCACCGUGGCUCAUGGGCGAAUUGUCCGCGAUAUGAUUGUCCUCGCAGAUCCUAGCACGCCAUUUUCAAUGUCAGGCAAAGGCUCAAUACAACGAGUGGCAACUGUCACAGCAUAUAAAGAUUUAAUUGAUGGACUCUAUGCCCAGCAAGACGAAGGCAUUGAUAUGGGCGACACGAUUUCUCUGGACAUAACGAGUCCAAAGGCCAUGGCACAGUCGAUCUUGGAUAUUGUCAGAUGCCAGAUCCAUAAACCAGCGGUCGACAUUGAAGCGGAUCUUUUUAGCACCGGCAUGGACUCAAUGGAAGUCAUCACUUUGUCGAAGAUCCUUCGAUCUAGCCUAGAGUCUGCUGGUGUAAGGCCUGAUAAAGAUGCCGUUGCACCUCGAAUUAUCUAUGCAAAUUCGACAAUUAAAGGACUAGCCAAGCAUUUAUACUCCUCAGUGAUCACUGGAAGUACCGAGGACGAUUCCGAAGAAAGAGAAAUCGGUGCUCUGGUCAAACUCAUGUCCAAAUACACCAAGGAUCUGCCGCCUCCCAACACAAAUCAGUCCAAUCCCUUGGAUGAAGAGCAGACAGUUAUCGUAACGGGCACUACGGGGUCUCUUGGUGCUUAUAUGCUCGACCUUUUGAUCAAAAACCCUCGAGUAGCAAAAAUUGUUGCUUUCAAUCGUGGACAAGAUGGAGGUAGCUCCCGUCAGCCAGCAUACAACUCGUACCGUAACUUGAGCACAGACUUCUCCAAGGUUGAAUUCCUCGGUGUUGAUUUGUCCAAGCCAUAUUUCGGCCUCCCUAUGGAGAAAUACAACGACGUCCUAGCCACAGCAGACCGCAUCAUUCACAACGCAUGGCCCGUCAACUUUAACAUUAGCGUCAGUUCGUUUGAACCCUACAUUUUUGGUGUACGCCAGCUUGUGGAUUUCUCCAACAAAGCAGCCAAAAGAGUCCCCAUUAUAUACAUUUCAAGCGUCGGUACUGUCGGUAACUGGACGCGCCCACAAUCAAUCCCUGAGCGCCGCCUCGAGGAUUUGACUCUGCCCGCCAUGGGCUACGGCCGGUCAAAGCUUGCCGCAAGCUCCAUCUUAGAUGCAGCUGUUGAGCAAUCGGGCAUCCUGGCUGCUGUUAUUCGCGUCGGACAAAUCGCUGGUUCACGAGCCAAACAGGGCGUGUGGAAUCCCCAGGAGUUCAUCCCGAGCUUGAUUGCUAGCUCAGUGCACCUCGGAGUGCUUCCAGACCGGUUCAGUAAGACAGACGUUGUAGACUGGACGCCGGUUGAUGAUAUUGCUGGCUUAAUCUUAGACGUCGCUGGAAUUACUCAUAAGAUCGAUCCCUCAGCCAUAUCGGGUUACUUCCAUGGAGUAAACCCUUUGGUAACUAGCUGGACCAAGCUCGCGGCAGUUCUCAAGAGCCACUAUUCUGGAAGAAUAAAGGAUAUCGUGCCUUUGACUGAAUGGAUACGAAUUCUUGAAGCAAGUGCUGUCAAUGCAACGGCGGACGAUGUAAACAGAAAUCCUGCCAUCAAGCUCCUUGAUGCGUAUAAGGGCAUAGCAUCCGGCAGUGGCCAUCCCAAGUGGGAUAUGGAGAGAACCAUGGCACACAGCCCGACCAUGAGAAAUAUUGGACCAGUCGAUGAGACCUUGAUGAAAAACUGGUGUGACCAGUGGAAGUAUUGA